AUGACAACUGAACAGACUUCAACUGUACUUCUUGAUGACGAGCAUGAUACUGCAUUAGAUAAUCCACAACAAGGUGAUGAUGAAGCUUGUAACAAACUAUUUCAGUCAAUGAAUGUUUUAUCAUAUGGAACAAUAACUUUUUCUGAUAAUAAAUCCCAUCAAGCAGAUUUCAUUCGUAUAUCCAAUAAUGUAUCUCCCACGUUAAUUCAUGAAUUCUUAACUCGAUACUGGUAUGGUGGACGUCCAUCACUUGUCAUAUCGAUAACUGGAGGUGCAAAAGAAUAUAAUAUGAAACCAAGAUUAUUAAGAGCAUUUCGACAUGGUCUUCUUAAAGUUGCUCAAACAACUGGUGCAUGGAUAAUUACUGGUGGUAUGAAUACAGGUAUAAUGAAACUUGUUGGUGAAAUUGUUCAAAUAAAUCCAGAUCGAUCACGACCAAUUCCUUUGAUUGGUAUUGCUACUUGGGGUUGUGUAUCUGGACGUCAACAUCUUGAUGUACGUGGUUCAAGUGUAUAUUAUGCUAAACCACGUAGUAAUAUAAGAGGUGAAGCACCACUUGAACCAAAUCAUACAAAAUUUAUUUUUAUUGAUGAUGGAACCGAAAGAAAAUAUGGUCGAGAAAUAGCAUUUCGUGCUCAACUUGAACAAGCUAUGUCUAAUCCAGUACCUGUUGUUCUUCUUGUUGUCGAAGGUGGUCCAAAUACAGUUCGAACAGUUCAUGAAGCUGUUGUUGAAAACAAUAUUCCAGCUGUUUUUCUCGAAGGAACAGGUCGUUGUUGUGAUUUAUUUGCUAAAGCAUUUCAUCUUUAUGAUGAAUAUCGAAGAAAUAUUGAAUCUGAUGAUGAAACAUCUGGCCUCGUAGUUGUCCUAUUUUUCCUAUAUUUCCUAUAUUUUUGGAAUCGGUCCUAUAAUGUCCUAUUUUUUUAAAAAUUUUCCUAUAUUCCUAUAUUUAAAAAAAAUGAAGGUUUGUGCCAGAAAAGUUGCAUGUUUUGAUAAUAAUAACUAUAGAUUUAUGCGCUUUCAGUAAUUUUAUUAACAUGUGAAACGAAUUAUGUGGAUAGUAGUGACAAGUAUAUAAGUACAACGUGUUUUAUGCUUUCUAUUCAUUGUUUUGAUGAUUCACUUCUUGUAUUUUUUACAACUAUUAAUAGUUGUCUUUUUUUCUUUGUGCUUUACCCAAAAUUCUUUAUUAGAAAGAUUGAUAUUUUCUGGAUAAUGUAUGUGGAGUUUAAUUAUGUUAAAUAUUGAAAAUUAUAAUGAAAGUCGAAACUUUUACUAUUCAAAGAUAUUUUAGAUAAUAUUCAAUUGAUCAAUUAUGUGUUUUAAUUUUUAUUUCAUCUCUUAUAAAAAUUAGGAUUGUUUCUAUUGUACUCAAAAAGUGAGUACACUACUAUAAUCGGUCUGUAUGUCCGUCCGGCCGUUUACACGAUAACUAUCGAAAAGAGAGUCAGAUUGCGAUGAAACUUUCUACAUAAUUCAGUCUUUAGAAUAUAUCGGUCAAGUUCGAAGAUGAGAAGGAUCCGUCAAGAAAUGGCUGUGCUAUCAAAAAAAUUGUGAUUUUUGGCGAGACUAUCCCUGAGGGGGGGGGGGUACAGGGAUUUUUCGAAAAAAAAUUUUUUACUCAGAAUUAUUCACAAAACACAUAAAUCGACUCAGUUUUUAACGCUGACCCUAAAUCUGAUGUUACUUUUGAACCAAAUCAUAGUUUUAAUGUACUCAAAAAGUGAGUCCACUAUAGAAUUGAUCAGUGUUUGCGGCCGGUCAGUUCCGUGAUAACUUUCGAAGGGAGAGUUAGAUCCUGGUGAAAUUUUCCAC